UCCAGACCUCACUCAAAAAUGGAGCUAAGUCGGUUCGUAUUCGUAGCACUGCUCCACUUCUUUCCCUUGGAAUGCAGCAAGUUAGUUGACUUUUGCCAGUUGCCCUACUGUGGAGCAAAUAACCUAGCCUGCAAUAAUCCAUCUAAGUUCAGCAUCAUGUGUCCACCGAAUGCCAGAACUCUUUCCAUGUCCACCUACCGAAAUUUAUUGCUGAGUGCCUUCAAUGAGUUUCGCAACUUCACGGCGAGCGGAAAGCAUAAGUAUCUUAAGGCAGCGGCGGCACGAAUGUCCCGAUUGAGUUACUCAGUGGAACUGGAGAACCUAGCCCGACUGGCGGUCAUCACGUGCUCCGCGCACAAGUUCUGCCUGAGCUCACCGGAAUUCUAUUACGUGGGCACCAAUACAGGAUCAACCUCCUAUUCGGGUAGCUUACACGACUACGAGGACCUGGAACUCAUGUUGCGGACUAUCCAGGAUUGGACCAGAUAUGCCGACUACAUCAACAUUAAAAUGGGUCUCUAUAUGCCGAAUACUUUGGAGAAAAGUGAAAUAGCAAAAGCCCUACUCCUGAUGGCAGAUCGAAACACCCAUGUGGGCUGUUCGGCCAUGAGAUUCACCGUGCACUUCGUCCACAACUUCAUCUUCUUGUGCGCCUUUAGCACCGAUCUUCUCGUGGAGCGUCCCAUUUACCGGAUGUCCAGUAAGCCAGGAGCUUCGUGCCAGCGCUUGGAUGCCACAUACUCAGUACUUUGUGCUGUUGGGGAAAACUACGACAACAAUAAGCCAGUGGCGAAUGCAAGGGUUUUCCAGUUACCCCUCGAUAUGUCCAUUGGUCGACAAGCUCAUGUGCCAGCCACAUAGAACGAGCUUAAAGUGAACUUUUAAAUUCGCACAGCAGAAAUUAGUUUUUGUUUCUCGAGUUUUUUUAGAGUGCCGAUGGCCAGACAAAAGUACACGCCCCUGGAUACCCGAGCCAAAUCAGCGCACAAAAACAAAUAGUUAACACCCAGACAUGGUCAUGGCAGAGGAGCAAGGAGGAGCAAGGAGGAGCAAGGAGGAGGAGAGAAGGAGGAGCACCAGCAGCAGGAACAGACAUUUCAGCGCCGCCUCGAUAAUCACAGGACACAUUUGCAUAUAAACACGCUUCCGGGCUGAUGUCCUUCGCAUGCAAAUGAAAACAUUAGCGAGGCACACGCGCAUUCGCAUCCGCAUCCGCAUCUGCGAAAUGCAGAUACAAGGCCAGGGACAGAUUCAGAUACAGAUACAGAUACAUUUACAGAUACAAAUGACAUUCGUCGCUGUAGCUGUCGCCGUCGCAGUCGCUGUUGCCUCUUCCCUGCUUAAAUAUAUAUUUCAAUUAAAAUUUUACACACGAAUAAAUGCAAAGCCACGCCCAGCACAUUAGAUCCCCCCAGUCGCUCCCUCCGCCAAAUCCCAGUCGCAAUCCCCUCCAGCUCUCACUCCUCCCUCCUCUGCGGAUGCGGAAGCUCCGCUGGCAGUGUCCAACUUGUGUCGCUUGUUUAUGAGCGUCUGAAGGCCACGAGUGCAGACAGCAGACAGCAGACACGGACAUGGCCAUAAAACGGUCCCCGUUUAUCGGGAGGGUGUGCGAGAUUCAGAUACGUUGCGGACUCGGAUGGGGCACAGGGAUCAGGGAUCUGCCUUCCCGAAUGGCAGCCAAUGGAGCAUGCUGCUGAAUGUCCACGGAAUUAUUCAAAAGUUUCACGGCGGAGACAGAACAGCGGCUCCCAUGAAACGAUGAGUUUGGCAUUGUGACAAGACGAACUGGCUGUUCCAAAAGGGCCAAUCAUGGACGCGAAGGGAUGGGCAUAAAGUGUUGUUGUACAUAAAAAAUUAGUAGGGAGGAUAUCAUUUUUCAGUGCUAGGAUCCUUAAUGCGUGAGUAUAGAGACCUAGUGGAUUUCCGAAUCAGAAGAACUUAAAAAUACGCCGCAAUGAUCUGAAAUACGCAUUGUAACCAUGCAACUUUCUUAUGCCUUAUCAUAUUAUUUAUGUGGAUGCUCCACUCAUUUUUCUCCGCCAGUCUCUCAAUCCGCCAUUAUGAUGGUCUCCAUUUCGAGAGCAGCCCAGAGUCAACCAUGAACUUGAACUUGCGACUGUAAUAAUAAUAAUAAUGCAGAUCCCGACUGACAAUCCCUGUGCCUCCUCCCCACUUCCAGUUGGAGCCGGGCAGCUUUUAUUCCUUUUUCAUAGUCAGCUCAUCCUCAUUCCGUCUGUCCAUGGCCUCUGUCUGCGGCCAUUGUCUGGCUUGCAUUUCAAAUUCUAAGCAAAUUUGUCGACUCAGGAGGGGGUGGGGUGGAUAUGAGAUGUGGGAAGGAGUGGAGCUGCAGGAUCUGAUUCCUGGGUGUGAGCAGGCGCAACAUUUUAUGAGCGUGCCCGCGAUGCAGCGAGCCAGAUAUGACCAGCAAACGUCUGCUCGGCGGACUCCAACUGCUCCAGUUUCCAGUGCAACCUUUUCAAUGGCUUUUGCUUUUACACUCACAGAAAAUGGCAAGAAAAUC